CCUUGGCCUGAGGUUCUGCAAUCCUUACCUGGCAUGUCUAGGUUGGGACAAUCGUGAUCCAAUCAGAGUCAGACUCAUCAGCCAAUCGGUCAACGUCAAUCUGUUGAAGAAUUAAAUUAAAAGAAAGAAAACCCCAUUUUUUUCAGUCAAAGAGAAUAAACGAUUUAAAAGUUCUCUGCAAUUGGUAUUUCCAAGUGCCAAAUUCUUUUGUGAUAAACGAGAGCAAUGGAUUUGGAGUCAGUGAAGAGAAUGUUAGAAAAAGGGGGAGAUGCGAGUGAGAACGCCUCGAUCGAUGCGGUGUCCGACAAUUCGACGUUUUUCGACCCUUUUAUCCUUCAGGGAAUUCAAGUCGAUGUCAUCGAACCAGGUCGAGUCGUCUGUUCCAUGAAAGUUCCCCUUCGUCUUCUGAAUUCUGGUAAUUUCCUUCACGGUGGAGCGACGGCAUCUCUGGUAGAUAUAGUUGGAUCAGCGGCAAUUUAUACCGUUGGAGCUCCAACAACUGGUGUUUCUAUUGAGAUCAGUGUUUCCUACUUGGAUGCUGCUUUUUCUAAUGAUGAAAUUGAAAUUGAGGCCAAAGUGUUACGUGUUGGAAAGGCAAUUGGAGUUGUCAAUGUUGAGUUGAGGAAGAAAAAGACGGGGAAAGCAUUUGCCCAGGGACGUCACACUAAGUAUCUUGCUGUAUCUAGUAAAUUAUAAAGGGUCCUAUUACCUUCAGUUACAUGUUAAAAAGCAUCAUGUUUAAGCCAUAUCCGUUGCAAAGGGAAGACAUCGGUUGGUGAACCAAUAACAUACGUCAGUCAUGAGCUAAUGUGUUUAAAUCCUUGCAUGCUGUGAUCUGAGAAUUGUUAUCUGUAUCAAUAUAAUUUACAUCUUCGGUCUGUAAGCAGGAGUAAAGUCAAGUAACUUAAUAUUUGAUUUCUAUUGUUGUGUUUCUUUAGGCACAAAAUCCUAUGUAAGCUCCUCAUAAUGAGAGCUAUGAGAUAUCAUUUCUUUGUGGCACAACUUCCUCAUAAUAAGAGCUUCGAGGUACCACCCUUAGAUUCAA